AAGGACGUCACAUCUCUAACUCUAAAUCUUUUCACGUUUUCUUCUCUUUGGCGCCGCACUCUUCCAUUCUUGCACUCUCGCAUUCCGCAAUCUCCGCUUCUCGACUUGGCUUUCUUGCAAUCUCUACCCUUCCGCAUUCAUCUCAUGCUCGAUUUCCCCCGUUCAGUUCUUUCUCAGCGAAAUAGACAUCUCUAGACUAGUUCUGUCCGACUCUCAAACAGUUACAGCUUUCCUCUUCUUCUCUGUCACUGUCAGUUGUGAGAGCCUUGAACUUCAAAUCCAUCCAAGCUUUUGAAUUUUCUCUGAAGAAACAGCAGCAAGAUCUGCAUAUUUACUAUGCAUGACAAGACCUAUGAAAUUAAACACUGCCGGCCCUCUUUCCUUUGAGAAUAAUUAACCACCGCCGGCUCUCUUUCCUCGUAUUUUGAGAAGUAUAUAUUUGAAGUUCUGUUAACCGGAAGAGAUGGUUGAGCUGGAUCAAGUCGGAUCGACGCAGAUCGAACAAAAUCAAAUGGAAUUGGAUCGCUACCCAGCGACGAAGCGGAUUCCAGAGGAGUAUAGUGAGAUUGAAUCUAAACCCUCUGACGAUCGAAUCGGAUCGACGCAGAUCGAACAAAAUCAAAGGGUACAGGAUCGAUUGAGGCGGAUUUUAGAGGAUUUUAGAAGGAUUCAAUACACACCCUCCGACUAUUUCAAGUGUUUUAAGCUUGAGCAUAACCCAUAUGAAUGGCAAUUUGGAAUCAGAGGCGCCAGUGGAACUGACUUCGAGGGUGGUAUUUAUCAUGGGCGGAUCCAGUUUCCAGAGGAGUACCCAUCGAAGCCUCCUGAAUUCUCGUUUUUUACGGAAAAUGGUCGCUUCAAAACCCACAAGAAGAUCAGGAUAAGGGGACUGGAUGGUUGGCAGCCAUCAUGGAGCGCGCGAGAUGCUUUAGAGGUACUUAUCGAUGGAAUGGACACUUACCCAGAUGGUGAAUUGGGUUCAGUAGAAUACAAUAAGGAAGAAAGGCGGGAUCUUGCCAUCAAAUCUCGUGCAGCAGCCCCAAAAUAUGGCACUUCUGAACGUCAGAAGUUAAUUGAUGAGAUUCAUAAAUGUCUGCUAAGCAAAUCACCACAUGUUCCUGUUACUCAACUUCCUCAACUGAGCCCCUCACAGGCCUCCAAUGGCACAGGCGGCGGCAUUGUCGUCACUGGGAAUACAUUUCAUGCUACCAAUUGCAAGAGUGUAGGAAUUUUGCGGUCUAUGAAUGGGUUCUCCGACGAAGGCCACAAGCCCAAUAAGAUGGUAGAGGUUGACAUUCCUCAGUCCUUUUUUGAGGAGCAAGGUAGGCAGCUUUAUGGAGCCAGACUUUUGGAGAUACAGGCAAAUAUAAAAUUAAAUGAACAGCAAUUGGCUUCUCUGUCAAGUAAGGAGGCCGUAGAUGAGUAUCUUCUAAACCAGAAGGAGAACAUUACACAUAUGAUAAAACAGAGUUUGGCUGUUGGAGACAUAUAUAAACGUGAAAAUUUGCAGCUUUCAACAGAGGAGCUUGUCAAAGAAGUUGAAAAUUCCAUUGCUGAAUUCAAACGUCAAAAACAAGAUUAUGAUGAAGAACGUGUUAGGGGACAGGUUCAAGAAAUUUUAGAGCGAGCAAAGGUGCUUGAAUGGUUGAGAGAGCAUGCAGAGAUUCAGUAUGUAACUAGAUGACAGAGAGGAUAAGGCAUGUCUCUGUUUGUGCUUACGAGUAAGUUCCAAAGGUUCAGACGAUGUUGAUGGAGGCUAGUCAUGUUUUGAGGGAGGUUUCCUAUGACGAUGCCCUGCCACAUUCUAGCUGACAUACCUUGAAGCAUGCCUAAAAAUGACCCUGCUUAAUUUGUUGGUUUAGGGCCCCUCAGUUUGCAAAUACAUGGAAAUCUGAUUAUGCCCAAUAUUCUAAGUUAAACGACAAGAUUUCUAUUAGUUUUACUAUAUAUGCGUCAAAAGACUAAAGAUGCAACUCUUCCCUUUUUUCUUCUUUUCUUUCUCCUUUAGGUUGAAUGCAAAGAAUUAUUUUACAGAGAUUUACCCAAAUUGGAUGACUCCCUUGCUGAAAGGCUUCUCCCUGAAGGCACCAGCCUGAAACAGGUGGCCAGUAUGAAAUUUUUAGGGUUUAGGGUUUGAACAGUGGAUUUGAACUGUGGUAUUUCCCAU